GUAAAACUUGCGACCUGGAUUUUUGGCAGUAAGAAUUAAGCAAUUUCCAGAACCACAGGGACAAGAUUUCUCAACCAGAUUAUCAUUUUCUCCGCCUACUCGUGUUAACCAGUGAGUCCAGUUCUCUCAAUUUAAUCGUCAAAACCAAAUUUUUUAUAACUACUUCCCACUCAACACAAGACACAACGAACGUUACCUCAGUUUCUCCGCCUUUUCUCUCUCUAUCAUCCCCAUAUAUAAACUCUGUCUCUGUCCUUCUCCCCUCUGAAUCUCUUGUUUCCUCGCAUUACUUUCUCUUUCCAAAUUCUCAAUUUCUCUUCUCUUAGAAAAGAAAAUGGCAACACUUUUACAAGGAAUCGGAGCCGCGGCUGCUUUAUCCUCAACUUCUUUGGAUUCCAAGAGAUUUGAGGUUUCUUCUCUCAAAUCCCUUCCAAUUCAAACAGCAAGGAAAGGAAGGGUUUUUGUUGUCAGAUCUGAUUCAAGAGAUAUAACUUUGGGAUCAUCUAACAACAAAGCUCGUUCUUCGCCGAAAUUGGUUGCUAAUGCAGUUGCAACUAAGAAUGAAGGUUCCACUGCAUCAACCACAUCUAAACCUGGGCAUGAGUUGUUACUUUUUGAAGCCCUCCGAGAAGGCCUUGAAGAAGAAAUGGACAGAGAUCCAACAGUAUGUGUUGUGGGGGAAGAUGUUGGUCACUAUGGAGGCUCUUACAAGGUGACCAAGGGCCUAGCCACAAAGUUUGGAGAUCUUAGGGUUCUUGACACUCCAAUCGCAGAGAACUCUUUCACAGGAAUGGCUAUUGGGGCUGCCAUGACUGGCCUACGGCCGGUUAUUGAAGGAAUGAACAUGGGUUUCCUUCUUCUGGCUUUCAACCAAAUUUCCAACAACUGUGGAAUGCUACAUUAUACCUCAGGUGGCCAAUUCAAAAUUCCAGUAGUCAUCCGUGGGCCUGGAGGUGUAGGACGCCAGCUUGGAGCAGAACACUCGCAACGUCUUGAAUCAUAUUUCCAGUCGAUUCCUGGAAUUCAAAUGGUUGCUUGCUCAACUCCUUACAAUGCCAAGGGAUUAAUGAAGGCUGCUAUCCGAAGUGAGAAUCCUGUGAUUCUCUUUGAGCAUGUUCUCUUGUACAAUCUCAAGGAGAGGAUCCCAGAUGAGGAAUACAUUUGCUCACUAGAGGAGGCUGAGAUGGUGAGGCCUGGAGAACACAUUACGAUUCUCACUUACUCUCGCAUGAGGUACCACGUGAUGCAAGCGGCGAAGACCUUGGUUAACAAGGGUUAUGAUCCCGAAGUAAUUGAUAUUAGGUCAUUGAAGCCAUUUGAUCUUCAUACCAUUGGAAACUCAAUUAAGAAGACUCACCGUGUUCUGAUUGUUGAAGAGUGCAUGAGAACUGGUGGAAUUGGUGCCAGUUUGACAGCGGCAAUUAAUGAGAAUUUCCAUGAUUAUUUGGAUGCCCCUGUUAUCUGUUUGUCUUCACAGGAUGUACCAACUCCGUAUGCUGGGACAUUGGAGGAAUUCACUAUUGUCCAGCCAGCCCAGAUUGUUGCUGCUGUAGAGAAGCUCUGCCAGUAAUUACCCACAGCAACAGCGGCAGUGUAGUUUCUGGUAAAGAUUUUUCUUUCUUCUUUUUGGAAUUUCCCUUCAAAUAUGUCCCUUUACAGCUUGUUCUUAGUGACAAUUUUCUUUUCUUCUUUAUUUUUGUGAUGAAGUUUCAUUUAUGGUGAUUAGGUUUGUUCGUAACUUAUUAUUGAAAUCAAGUUGAAGGUUUUUCUUCAGUUAUUGCUCAAACAUGGGUUCAUUGUUUCUUUCAUUCUUCGUCUCCCCUACUGCACUUUAGAGUAGGGAACGGAUCUGUUGACACAUGAAAUGGUAAUUGUUCAUUCAUUGUUCC